GCGUUGUUUCGAGAUUAUCAAAACUAUACUACUUUGUCCCAUUCUCUCUCCACAGAGUUCCGACACAUAAACCUCCGGCCCGGAAAUCCAGUGAAACCCAAAAAACUCCCAAGGAACCAAAAAUCCUUAAGAAACUUUCUGGGAGAUUAUCCUAAUGCUUGUCUGACUAAAACCCAGAAACCCUUUACGCCAAUGGGUGCUCUAAGACUACCAACAGCCUUCAUCUUCAUCUGUUCACUCACUCUCAUCGGGCUUACUCAAUCUGUUCCUUUCGUUGUCUUUCAUGGCAUUGGAGACAAAUGCAGCAAUCAGGGAGUCAAAAAGUUCACUGAGCUUUUAAGCAACUGGUCUGGUUCUCAAGGAUAUUGCGUAGAAAUUGGAGAUGGAGGAUGGGAUUCCUGGACUAUGCCGCUGUUGGAACAGACUGCCAUUGCUUGUGAGAAGGUGAAGAACAUUAGUGACCUAAGUGAGGGUUACAACAUAGUCGGACUUUCUCAGGGCACCAUGAUUGGUCGAGGAGUUGUUGAAUGGUGUGAUGGGGCUCCUCCUGUCAAGAAUUUCAUAUCGUUAGCUGGUAUGCAUGCUGGUAUUGCUUCAAUUCCAUUCUGCGGAUCUGAGUGGGUUUGCAUUCUUUUGGACACCUUAAUCCAGUCAGAGGUCUACAGCAACUAUGUCCAGGAACACUUGGCUCCCAGUGGUUAUGUUAAAAUCCCCACUGACAUAAGUGCCUAUUUAAAAGGAUGCAAGUUUCUCCCAAAGCUUAACAAUGAAAUCGGCAGUACAAGAAAUUCCACCUACAAGGAACGAUUUGCUAGCUUACAGAAUUUGGUACUUAUCAUGUUUGAGCAGGAUACUGUUCUGGUACCCAAGGAAACCUCCUGGUUCGGGUAUUACCCUGAUGGGGCCUUUGAUCCUCUUUUGCCUGCACAAGAGACUCUACUCUAUACUGAAGACUGGAUUGGUUUGAAAACCCUGGAUGAAGCUGGGAAAGUUAAAUUCAUAAACGUUUCAGGGAAUCAUUUGCAGAUCUCUCGAAGUGACAUGAAAGAGUAUAUAGUGCCUUACUUGGAAGAUGAAGAUGAAGCAUCAGAACAUAUGAUGAGAUCUCAAACUUCAUCAAUCUGGAAUUUCUUGUUGGAACUGUUUGGGUUCACUGAGGAUAUACCAUUGCUGAGCCCCGUGGAUUAAUUUGAAUGCUGUCUUCCCAGGUGUAUUGUUUUCCUUUCUUUUUUGUAAUAGGGAAAAAAGGGGAUUGGGCAGAGAAACAGAGUACAAUGAAAUGAUUAUCAAAACUUGUAACACAACAACUCAUUUGUCGUCUGGUGUAGUCAUGAUUCAAUUGGACUUGUCAUGUAUGUAACAUUACAGUGUGAAAGAUUCUUGUCUUGGCAUUAUUAAGCUUUGAAAAAUUAUUACCAUGGUUAAUUAA